AAUCGAAAUCCAAAAAUUUUUCUCAGCUGAAAUUUAAAUACCAAAAAUCCUUCCUUCAAAUGGUUUUUGGCGGUUUCAUAAUUUAACGCGCAUUCUCUCCGAGCGUGCAACACACGCGCCUUUUCCUCCUCGUCUUUCUCUAACAGUCUCUCAGUAAGGUUUAUUCGGAGAGAAAAACUCAAACUCAAAGGCAAGAGAGAAAAUGCCAGAUAUUCAAUUAGGUGCUCAUACCAUAAGAUCUCAUGGAGCUAAAGUUUUGAGAAGUUAUAUGCAUGAUUGGUUGAUACUCUUUCUUCUUGCUGCUUUGGAUCUUGGUCUGAAUUUAAUUGAACCUUUUCAUCGAUUUGUUGGGGAAGAUAUGAUGACUGAUCUUAAAUACCCUUUGCAAGAUAAUACAGUUCCUUUCUGGGGUGUUCCUAUAAUUGCUGUUUUGUUGCCACUUAUUGUGAUCACAGUAUACUAUUUUAUCAGAAGAGAUGUUUAUGAUUUGCACCAUGCUAUAUUAGGUCUUCUAUUUUCGGUGUUUAUAACUGCGGUUUUAACCGACGCAAUCAAAGAUGGCGUUGGGCGACCGCGUCCUGAUUUCUUUUGGCGUUGUUUUCCUAAUGGCAAAGGGGUGUUUGAUCCUGUUACAAAGAAUGUUAUGUGUACUGGAGACAAGGCUAUCAUCAAGGAAGGGCACAAAAGCUUUCCGAGUGGGCAUACUUCAUGGUCAUUUGCAGGACUUGGUUUCCUUGCAUUGUACUUAUCGGGGAAAAUCAGGGUGUUCGAUCGCAAGGGUCAUGUCGCGAAGCUCUGCAUUGUUUUCUUACCCUUACUUGUUGCAUCACUAGUCGCGGUUUCUCGUGUUGAUGACUAUUGGCAUCAUUGGCAGGAUGUUUUCGCCGGGAGCAUCAUAGGACUUGCUGUUUCUUCAUUUUGUUACUUGCAAUUCUUUCCACCUCCAUAUGAUGUAGAUGGUUGGGGGCCUUUCGCUUAUUUUCAGAUGCUCGCAGAGUCUCAAAAUAUUGAUCCAUCGACAUCUAACACAGAGAACGCUCUCACCAUACGCCAACCACAACUCGAAAGUAUAUGCAUCCAACCGCAACCGCAACACAACAUGGAUGGUUUCGAACAUGGUAAUAGAAGAAAUUGAUUUUUUUAGGAUAGAAUAGAAUUAAUGACUAGUUGUGCAUUCUUAUGAUCUCAAGAGGGAUGUUUUGAUUUUCAUCAAACUCUCUUUCUUUCUCUAAACACGUUGAACUUUAGAUUUCGAACAUGCUUCGAUGUUUAGUGUAGUUCGAUUCAUUUGAUUUGUUCGGUUUGUUGGUGGUUAGGGUUUGUAGUUUGUUCAUAGGCUUGUUCUUAGUUCUACUUAUUUUUUCUAUACAUUUUGUUGUUUGAAGUUUCCACUCUUGUUUCCCAUAAUAUUAGUAUUUUUUUUGUUCUCA